AUAAAAGACAGACACACUAUCUCCAACUACGUCAUUGUAGCAAAGUCUGCCAUGAUUCCCAUAUUGUUUCUGUCGUUCCUGCUGCCGACGGCCCUAGGGUCGAUGUACAGUGACCCCCACUGUGCCGGGGGGAGGUCUGCUAUUGUCCAUCUGUUCGAGUGGACGUGGUCAGACAUUGCACAGGAAUGUGAGAGGUUCCUCGGACCGUAUGGCUAUUGUGGUGUUCAGAUAUCUCCCCCCAAUGAGAACCGUAUAGUUACAAAUCCCAGACGACCGUGGUGGGAGAGGUACCAGCCCGUCAGCUACAAACUCCAGACGAGAAGUGGUUCAGAGCAGGAUCUGAGUGAUAUGGUGUCCAGGUGCAACAAAGCCGGGGUCAGAAUCUAUGCGGACACUGUGAUCAAUCACAUGACCGGUGUUGGAGGCACAGGUCAGGGCACAGCUGGAUCCUCGUACGAUGCCAACAGUCUGCAGUUCCCUGGCGUCCCAUUCGGUCCCACUGACUUCAACGACGGCUCCAACUGCCACACUGGCGACAUGACCAUUCACAACUACAACAAUGCAGAGGAGGUGAGGAACUGCCGUCUGGUCGGUUUACUGGAUCUGAAAGCCGGCAAAGAUUACGUGAGAGGCAAGAUUGCCGGAUACCUCAACCAUUUGAUCGACAUCGGAGUUGCUGGGUUCAGAGUCGACGCUGCCAAGCAUAUGUGGCCAGGUGACUUGUCUGCCAUCUUCGGGAGGGUAAAGAAUGUCCGUUCUGACGUUGGAGGCGGCAAGCCUUUCGUCUAUCAGGAGGUAAUCGACAUGGGCGGUGAGCCGAUCAAGGGAGAUCAGUACCUUGGCACUGGCAGGGUCACCAACUUCAUUUUUGGAGUCAAGUUGGCUCAAGUCUUCAGAAAGCAAAACCCCAUGAAGUUUUUAUCCAACUGGGGAUCAGCUUGGGGAAUGCUGAGUUCUGAUGAUUCACUUGUCUUCAUCGAUAACCAUGACAACCAGCGGGGCCAUGGUGGCGGAGGAGGCGUUCUUACCCACUCUGAGCCCCGUCCUUAUAAGCUGGCUACAGCCUUCAUGUUGGCCCAUCCAUAUGGUUUUCCCAGGGUGAUGAGCUCGUAUAACUUCGGUAGCUCGGACCAAGGACCCCCUCAGAACGGCGACAUGAGUACCAAGUCAGUCACCAUCAAUGGCAUGUCCUGUGGUAACGGCUGGACCUGUGAGCACCGAUGGCGCCAGAUGUACAACAUGGUUGCCUUCAGGAACAUCGCAGGUUACUCCGGGUUAUCAAACUGGUGGGCUGGUUCAGACUAUCAGAUAGCAUUUUCCAGAGGAAACAAGGCCUUUAUUGCCUUCAACCUUGAGGGAUAUGACCUUUCCAAAACUCUCAACACUGGACUUCCGUCUGGAAGCUAUUGUGAUGUCAUUUCCGGCAACCUUGAGAAUGGCAGUUGUACUGGCAAGACAAUUAACGUUGACGGAAGUGGCCAUGCUUCGAUUCAUAUUGGCAGCUCUGACCAGGAUCCAAUGGUGGCCAUUCAUGUCGGUGCCAAGAAGGGCUCCCCGGAAAAGCGUAUUGGUUAGAACCCAGGACAGGUGGCGUAAUCUUGCCUGGCAACGCACGGACAUGAAUAAACUAUUUUUUCAUAAA